AUGUCUUUUGGUUAUGAUGAGGACUUUGUGAGUCCUAUUGACGAAGAUCUGCAGUGUUCAAUUUGUUAUCUGGCUUUGCGAGAACCGGUUCUCACCAGAUGUGGCCACAGAUUCUGUAGGCAAUGUCUCGACCGACACAUGGCGAGGUUUGUCUCUUCUUUUUAUUUUCGAAAAUAACGUUUUCUCACUAAGGUAGUUUCCCACUUAAGUGUCUUAAUAGAUAUAAAAUUAGUAGUAAAUUGUGCUUGUGUCGUAAGCUUAAACUUAUAUGGGGGCAAAUGCAGCAGAAAUGUCUGUUAAUAUGGUUUCAACCCUCAAUUUUACGUUUUAAUGACUCCGUUAACCUUUUUCAUUCAUUCAGGUUAGAAGACAAAAGAAAUUGACGUUGUUAACUUGACUUAUUUAUAACACCAUAUAACACCAACGGGGAUAGGGUCAGCCAGUUAAAUUUCUAUGAAAGAAUAAAUAAUUUUUGGGCUGCAAACAUAAAAUAGUUCUGAAUUAAACCUCAAUUUUGUGCACUGAAGCUAUAUAUGAGGCUGAUCAAUCACUCGAUUGACUGGAUAUUUAUAAUGGCUGUACCAAAAUCUUCCUGGAUAUUGUGUGCAUGAAGUUUGGCAAACUUGAUCAGUAAAUUUACUAAGUUAGUGAAUUGAAAAUCUAGAGCAGAAUACCUCAUACCUAGUGAACAAUAUUAUGUCCUGUUUCAGAAAGGGAUGUCGUUUAAAUUGUGAUUUUCCUUAGCCUGCAUAGCAGGUGGCUUGUUUCUUUGUUUUUCAUUGUGUUUUCCAUUUCUGUUUGAGAGUAGUAGCCAGUAGCAGCACUCAGGGGCAGAUCUAUGGGGAGGGUGCAGGGGGUGCACACCCCCCCCCCCAAGAUAUGACCUGCGGUUUUCUAAUACAACUGGUAUUCUGCAAAAAAAAAAACUAUGUGGUUUAUUGGUGUUGAAUUAGAGCAAGAGACGAGUGCACCCCCUCCUAAAAAAAAUCCUGGAUCCGCCCCUGGCACUGUUUACAUAGAUGUCAACUAACCCCUAUCAGGCUAUGAGUAACGUCUGUGAAGCAACACCGAUUAAAUCCUUGUUCUGGGACCCCAAUGGACUCAACAAAUUACUGGAAAUGUGUUUUGAAUUUCCCUCCCACCUGACUGGCAAAUUGACAAUGGCUUUUUGAACAGGCCAAUCAUGGUCUGUACCUCAUAUCCUGAUACACAGCUGGUAGGGGCCCAGAACAACAAUUUUGGUCCUGUUUCACAGAUAGAAUACUAGAAGUUUGGUUCUGUCAGUGGCGCAGGCAAUGGAUACAGCCACAUAAAAACUGAACCAAGGUCAAAUCAGAAAACAAGGAGAGAGGGGGUGAGGAAAAGAAUGUUCUCUCUCCACCUUCUUUGACUUCUUUCUCUUACCCCCUUCCCAAUCAUUUUCUCAUAAUUUCGACUCCUUACUUUACAAAAAACCGAACAAAAAACACACUGAUAAGCACUAGGCUAUGAAUUUCCUCUACCUGGUUCAAAUUUGGAGUUGCAGGGGGUCACCCCACCAAAAACUAUUUCUAUAUAUCUUUGUAUCACAUUUAUAAUACUUUUCAAGUUCUUAAGACAGUGAGAGUUUUAAUUUUAGCUGUAUUUAUGGUACAUCCAGAUAAGCAGAAAUGAUAUUAAAAACUGUAGCCAUUAAAAGUUAACAAAUUAAUGUUCUUUAAUUUGCUGCUAUCAUGAAAAAGUAUUGUCACAAGAUAUAUAAUCACCCCUUGGCUCAAAUAAGCAUUAUUUUUGGAUCGAUCCUUUGCAAUAGGUCCUUGUAAUAUUUUUUGCUGUUAAAAUAUCAAGAACACCUGUAGAUUAAGAAUUUUCAUCGACAGGCAGAAAAGUCAACAACAAGUAGUCAACUGUCCUAUUGACCGAGAGGGGCUUGCACACCGUAAGGUAAAAUAUCAUUAUGAUUUUGUAGAACUAUUUUAGGGUCAUUUUUAUUACAUACCCAAUGAAAAGCCAUGUCGGAAACUCUCGAAAGCAACUGAGUUCUAGCCAAUUACAGGCAAAGACGGUAUGUUUUUCACACAAAGUAGUACAUGCUUUCAGAAUUAUUAUUACAAGCAAUGUCUUUUAUUGUGUGGGAAUUAAUAUAGUACAUCCCAUCAAAAGGCACAGAGAUGUGUGAGCUUUAUUGCUCUAAGUUUCCUGUUUUUUAUGGGUGCCUGCAAUGCUCUUGUUUUGCUAGUUGCAUUGGCUGCUAUUCAAUGAUAACAUUUGUUGACAUUUUCUUGAUAUAAUUUGGAUUAAUUAUCUUCCAAAUUUGCUGCACACUUGCCGGUUAUGAAUAAUUAAUUGUGGGAUUUGAAGCAAGCAGAAAUGGAAUUUUGAAUAAAUAAUAAUAAUACUUAUUGGAUAUGAUGUGUACAUUCUGAUUGUGCAGAUGCUCUUAUACAUUUAAGUAUUUCAAAUAGAUAAUGUAAAAUCAGUAAGUAAAUCGAUCUCUACAAGACUGAGAAAAAUAAUUUAGGCAUUAAAAAUGCAAGAAAUGAUCCAGGUCAUUUUGGUAAUAUAAAUCUGAUUAAAUUUUUGUAGGAUAUCUUCCCAGAUAAAGCAACUGGGAGGAAGAUUCUGUCCUUAUUUAUAAGAUGUCCAAAUACUGGAUGUGAUUGGACUGGUGAACUGAGAGAGAAAAAGGUGAGUGUAAUUGGCAUGAUCUCCACUUGCACAGCCUCAUGAGCUAGCUUCCAUAGGAAAUAAGCUCAUCAAGCAACCACUAGGCUAUAGUAUACUUUGAAUUCUUGUUAAGCCAACAAAAGAAGAGUAAAGUUUUUAAUCAGAAUUAUUUAGGUUGACUAGGGUGGUAGGACCAGUGUAGUUAAAUUUUUAUCUGGUGGGUACAUGAAAGAGUAGGUGGAUGGGGCUGUAAGGGAAGUUGGAACAUUGAUAAGCAAAUUACGCCCUUUUUUCAGGAAACCCUUCCUUUUUUUAUUCAUUAUUUUAAAGCGAGAUAUUGGUGAUUUUUAUCUUAACCCCUUUACGGACAAAAAUUUAAUAACAGCUUGUACUUUGAUUUUUUUUCAGAGAACGUUUUUCAAUUUGGAAUAAGUUAUUUAGAUUUAGGCUAUGUUCACACUAUGCAUGUACUGGAAAGCUUUUUAUAACGACACAAAAAGCUAUCCAGUAUAGUAUGAACAACUAUCCGAUAUGUGACUCUCAACUUUAGAGAUCGGUGCAGUGCAGCAGUUCACUCUGUCACAGAAAUCAUGCCAUUGUUAACCCUUUCACUGCCAAAUUUAGCAAAAGCAAAUUUCGACCAAAUUUCAAAAUUUAGUUUUGUGAAAUUUUGAAAAAGACAAUGCAAUAUUUGCUUGAAUUAAUUGAUAUGGCGAGCAAACAAGGCGACGGUUAAAACAAAAGUAAAGAAAAAGAAAAAGGUUAUAUAGCAAGUUGCUGGCCUAAUCACAUGAUAAGAUAAUAAAAUUAUUAAUAUGCAUAUUUAAUAUUUUUAAUCUCCACAGAACCACUUUGAUCGUUGUAAACGGAAGCCCCUAAAAUGUCCCAAUGUCUGCGGUUCAUUUAUUGCUCGUAACAAAGUAGGUGCAUCUGUACAAUUGUAAAGAGUGAUUUAGUUCAUGAUUUUGGGCCUAAUUUUGCAGGUAAAAAAUAGGUUCUGUAUUCAUGAUCAUGAGCUGUUCAUUUGAAAUCUUUUCAGAUCGAGUCUCACGUUGAAAACGAGUGUCCGCUGACAGUUAUCUCCUGUCCUUAUGCUCUGAUGGGCUGCACAGAAAAGGUCUGUACAUUACGCACAUUGUGGUUGUUUUAUUUUAGAAAAAAAAGAAAGAUAUAUUUCACCUCUGUGGAUGCAGGCACCUACAACAAAAGACCUCGUCCAUAAUUCAUAAAGAAUUAACAAGAGAAAUUUAAGUUUACAGUGAGUGUCAAAAACUGAUAAAACCUGGCUGACUUUCUACUUUCAAUCCGCCGCCAAACAUUCUUCCUUUCCACCUCUAAGCCCCCCCCUCCUCCACUGCCAACAGUGGAAAAGACCUGUUGCCAAUCGUCUUGGGAAAUAUAAAAACCCAAGAACCAGCGAAAAAAAAUGGAUAGAUCUAGAAAAAGAUUUUUUUAGCCACUCAGACUAUGGAAAAGCUAUCCGGUGUAAUGUGAACACCAAUCUGAUGUGCCGUGACUCUCUAGCCUCAGUGACUAUUAGUAGUAUCAAAUUUAAAAACACUCGGCUGUUCCUUGUGUUUUAAACUUAUAUUAGAACAUUUCUAACUAAUACUGGUGUAAGGCGUGCUGUUCGCUCAGUCCUCGGAUAACUAACCCCUAAAUUACAAAGCUGGGUUGGAGUGGCUCAUAUAUGAGGGCUCUCAAUAAACAAAUGACUUUGAACACUUGACCUUCUACGAGGUAUCUGUCAGCGCAAAGUGUUGCAUAAUACUCCAUAGUUACUCGAUAAAACUUCAAGCAUCUAGGUGCUCGUUAGGAAAGCAUGACGGUCUAAUAAUGACUCACCAUGUAUGAUAACAUUGCCCUUUAUAAGUAUGGAAAUGUCCAGAGUAAAAACAAAUCCAGAGGGAUUUGUAAACAUGAGGGGCACAAUUUGGGCGGGGUUAGGGCUACCAUUUGGUAGGAGUUCCGGUACGAAAGGAAUCUUCUUACCAAAGCAACAAGGGUGAUCGUCUCUUAACAUGAUAUCUCUCACAGCUAUUGUAAGCUCUGCAGCGCAACGCAACGUAAUAAAAAGUUGUAAAUUGCGAUAUACGCAAUAUCAGGUUAACUGCGCAAUACAGUAUCUCAGUAUCUUAUCCUGUAUAACUCGAGCAGACCUUGGUCACGUGCUAGACAACGAUAAGAAUUUCAAAAGCAUAAGUUUUAUUUAUUAUAUAGCUGAGUCUGUUUUCGCCAUUCGAUUGGUCAAUUUGCGGUCCGUAACUUGCUAUACGGACCAAAAUUUUUAAAGAAAAUGCUCAUUUCGGAGCUCUAAAUCUCUUUACCUCGGAAAAAAGGCUUAAAUUGCCUAAUUUCAUGCCGCGCGGGAGCCUGGCACUACCGGAUUUUCCCGGACUUUUUAAAUUCCGGAUUGAAAAUGGCUUCCAAAAUAAAAGGUAAAGCAAAGGUCAUUGCGUAUAGUUGAAACGAUAUUAAGAGCCAGAUUACUUCAGAAAGUUAAUAUUCUAAAGCUAAGAACAGUUGUUUUACUGCUAUAAAGAACCUCGAUUAAACAUUUCGAGAAAAGACAGAUCUAAUGGGAGACUUUCGCUACUUGGAAGUAUUGGAAGGAUUCCCGAAUUGUUCGACAAAAAUUUGAACAAAGAACCGUCGAGUUUAACUCUUUUUAAGGCGCUGGAUCCGACCGAAUAUUGGGGAAUGAUAAAGGAGUGGGUGUACCUGUUUUUACAGACCGUAAAAUAAAAACUACCAAAAAGCGAAACACGCCAGAGUGACCCGAGCGAAAGGGCAACAUUGUAUAUUAGGUCGACAAGGCUUACAAUAGAUUUUCCCCCGUCGCUGUGUACGGUCUCAGUAGAAAUCCUAAAGAUCAGACCGGAAGCAAUUCUCACUGAACAUAGAUAAAAGCAAGUAUACUUCAGUCUUACUUGAGAGGCAUUUCUCUUCCGGUAACACUGCUGUUCCUGUAAUUUGGGCAAUCAGCUUGUAAUCACAAUCAAGAAUGUCACGUACAUCUACCUUUUGGCUAGCAUGCACUGAGUAUAGACUAGUCCCCUAUCUCCCUUCAUGUGAACAACACUAGGUUUAACAUACAUAACGCCACAAAAUUCACUACACUCAGUACCUUUCACGGACGACAUUACUCUUUUCCGCGACAGGAAUAAUCCAGGUAAGCCUUUCUGUACUGCCCUUUUAAGUUUUGCACCAGCACACUUAGGCUACGAUCGGUACGUGCACAAUCACAUCUGUGGUCUUUCCUGCAAUGAUCCUCUACUUUUCAUACGCGGGUAGAAUUAAACACAGGAUCCUUUGCUGUAGAAACUUCAUAAUCAUGUUUGGUUCGAGCGACCUGUUCAUCGAACAGUUGCUUGCACUUGCUGAGUGUAGGCUCCUUAAGUUUAGCUUCAGGGCGUGGCAGAAAUACUGCAUCCUUUCCUUACUAAGUUUAGGCAGAUUCUCCGAGGGAAUAUUGAUCAAUAUUUCUUCGAAAAAGAAUGCUUUCGUUCGAGUUUUUACUCCGACUAUCCGCCAUUUUGAAACUGGACUUUUUAAAAAGUCCGGGAAAAUCCGGUAGUGCCAGCCCCCCGCGCGGUAUGAAAUUAGGCAAUAAAGUUAUAAGACGCCUGUCAACCUUGAAGACUCUGACGUUGACUUUGGCCUUCAACAUUUUAAACUGUGUUUAUUUGUGAACGAAGGCGAUGAAGAAACUAACUCGUAAUCUUAUCGACGAGGAUUCUGGUCAGUGUUUGAAAAUUUUAUCGUAGUACACAGUUAAGAAGACGAAAAUCGACUGGCAGAACUUCGAGAUGUUUUGCCUAAGAGAAAAUGAGUAAUUCCUUCAACAAAUAUGAUAACAAACAUACCUGUACUCGAUCAUCUUGACAAGCUUCUUUGCCAUUUGCAGUGUUUUUUCAAAGAUCAACGAAAGAAAGAUAGAAGCGAGUUGGAGCCAGACACAAUAAUGUCCAGUUUUCAAAAGACUCCAGCGUCACACAUUAACGAGUGAAUACUUACAGUGCUCUCAGUUUCCACCGAAUAAACUUUGAGAUAUGUAUGUAAACCCUGAGGACUGGGAUGUUGACUUUGCUUUUCCAAAUUUUAACCUAACUUUGUUAUAAUGAGAAAGAGGCUGUUGCAGAAAGUGAAUCGUAACCUUACCGAGGAAGAGAAUUCUAGGCAGUGUUUGAAAAUUUUAACGCAGAUCACAAUUGAAGACGAGAAUGAACUGGCAGAAAGAGAGGUUUUCCCAAAACAAUUAACGAGCGAAUCCUUCGACAAUGACAACAAACUUACCUUGAAAAGCUUCUUUGCCUUUUGCAGUGUGUUUUCACAAGGACAAACGUAAGAAAGAUGAAAACGACUUCUACACAGACACAGUGUCCGGUUUCCAAAAUACUCCCGCGUUACAUUAAAGAGCUAAAACUUACAGUGUUCUUAGUUUUGACCGAAUAAACUUUUUCAACAUGGCGAAUUUGUUUUUACUUUCUCGGAAAGCCUUUGUUGUGUGCUAUUGUUUUCGUGCGCCAAUAAAAACUUUCUUUUUUGACGCCUGUCAAAUGACUGUCAAAUCGUGCGUCCUUCACUUGUUUCCGGUCCCCCAAACAGGAAGAAGCCAUAUAAUAAACAACUUAUUAGCCUCGUUUUUUCGGUCUGUACUGUAAAUUAUGGAUCCUCGUUUCUUUCCAUCGAUUUAUGGCGCGCGAAAUCGAUGGAAAAAAACUCGGUCCGUAAUUUACAGUACGGACCGAAAACUCGGCUGAUAAGAGGUGUUAUUUUUGCGAUAUACAUGUAAGUUAUUUCUAGUUUUGUUUAUUUCUGUCAAAGAAACAGCACCUCCACACUCAAAAUAUGACACAGACUAAUCGAAGUCGUUUGAGCGAAAGGCUACCCACGGGCUUAGCGCAGAGUUUGUGUUCCCUUUUUUUCGAGUGUUAAGGGGCUCAGGCCUGUUUCUCGAAACUCCCGGUAACUUUUCGCGCCCGAAAUCAAAUAUUCAAAUCAAACUGAUAUAAAGAAUAAACGCUCUGGUCCUAGCCAGCAAAUGUUAACCACAACAGCUUUCCGGGCCCGGUUAUUAUCGGGAAACGGGCCCCUUGUUUUAAAGGGCACUUCUAUUCAAAUUGUGAGCUUCCUGCUUUCGUGAGCGACACUAUUGCUGACUCCAAAGAUGGUCAAUAACGGGAUUUUCAUCCUUAAAACAACAUAAAAGGAGAGCAAACUUAACAAAUUCCUCUGUAGUAACCAACAAAGAUCCUUCAUUUUUUGUGACCAUCUUCUUUAUUCUGAUGAUCUAAGUGCUUAGUAAAGCAUUAAGCAUUAUCAGUUAAGCAUUAUUAUAAGAACAACCUAGAUUCUGGCCACGGGUCUCAAUUAAAGCGUUAAGUUAUUAAUUCAUUCUUAUUCGUUUAUAAUCAGAUUCAGCGAAACAAAGUUGAAGCUCAUCUGCAGUCUACAGCGAGAAUUCAUCUGGCCUUAACGUGUUCAACGUUUAAGGAAACGAUGGAGAAGCUUGAUGUACUCCAGAAGCAAGUGGGAGAAUUCAAAGAAUCUAAUAUUGCUCUUAGCGAAACACUUGAAGCCACUAAUUCGUUUGUCACUGCCAAGGUAGAUGCCCUCGCGUCAAAGGUGGAUGCGCAAAGUGGCGAACUGGCAUCUUUUAAUUCUGCUCUUAGGGCUCAAAUUGAUGCUGAUAAGAGAGAGUGGAAAGCUGUCAAUGUCGCUUUGAUUUUUAAGGUGCAUUCACAAGCAAAAGAGGUCGCGAGAUUAACCAAUGCGUCUCCAUUUGUGUGGAAGAUAACUGGUUUUAGCGACGUCUUAAAGUUGGCUAAGAAUGGACGCACCAAAAGUAUAUUCACUGAAUUCUACACCGGAAAACAAGGCUACAAGUUAAAUUUACGCGUCGAUCCAGAUGGAGAUCAAACAAAAAGGAACAGAUAUCUAUCAUUAUAUGUUUGCAUUAUGAAAGGCGAUUACGAUGCCAUUCUUCCCUGGCCCUUUUGUGAGCAAGUUACUUUCAGUGUAAUCGACCAACAACCUGAUGCUGCACAGAGGAAAAAUGUUGUUGUCGUCGUGAGGCCCAAUGAAACGCCUGGUUUCUGUUGUCGGCCUUCCGUGGAACAAAACCCGAAGCUUUUUCAGUUUCGCCGGUUGAUAUCUCAUAAGCUGCUAAAAACCCGGCGCUAUGUUAAACACGACACGUUGUUUCUUCAGGUUGAAGUGGGACGCCAUGACUCUGAGAGUCGUGAUUCAAACUGA